AUGGCGAGCGACCCCACGCCGCCGGUCGACGGCGCGGAGCCCUUUCACGUGCCGGAAGGCGCCACCUCGGUCGAGGUCGGCAAGGAGUUCGUGGCGCUCAAGGUGGUCCCCAAGGAGGACGAGAAGGGCGACAAGAACUUUCCGCCGCAUCUGCACGCCGCCGUCGAGCUCUUCUGCUUCGUCAAGCGGCCGGAGUGCGCCAAGCGGCUGGUGGACCGGGUGAGCGGAUACCUCCGCGUCCUACGGGAGGGACCCGACGGCAAGGGCACCAACGGGAUGGGCCAGGCCGCGGUGUGCUGGUCCUGCGGACACGUGGGUCUGCCCAAGAACACGGAUGGCAUCUCCAAGGGACAACUCGCGAAAUGCGGAGGUUGCGGCUCGGACGACCAGACCAACAUGGUCAAGGUCACGCAGCCCGACGGCACGGUCAUCCCGUGGAUCGAGCUGAAGACGAAGGAUGAGGUCAAGAGGUGA